GUCAGAUGUCAAACAUCAUUGUUUGUACAGUAUCAACUUACUUCACACGCUCCACGCACACGCUGCGCUCUGUGGAGCAGCAACAGGACAGACCGGAAGACCAUGUCUCCGAUCAAGGACCUGUUUCUGUCAUAUGACGCCGUCAACGCGGAGAGAGUCUUCUCCGAGAGCGACAUCCUCACCGGGACGCUGUCCCUGACACUGUCCAAAGACACCAGAGUGAAGGCGAUCUUUGUCAAAGUCAAGGGGGACGCGCGCGUCAAGUGGACAGAAGGAAGUGGAGAAGACUCGACCACGUACUCUGCGCACAUUCGAUAUUUCAAACUCAAAGAAUACUUAUUGGCAGAAAGCGGCAAAGGCACUGCACUUUCCAAAGGAGUCCAUCUCUUCAAAUUUACCUUUCAAAUCCCACAUGGGGACAUGCCGUCAUCCUUCAAGGGUAAACAUGGAAGUAUUGUCUACAUGCUUGAAGCCAAGGUGAUGAGGAGCUGGCGGUGGCCGUCCAAGGUACAAGCCGAGUUUAAUCUCGCCUCAAACGUCUUGCGAUACUUUGGACUCACUGCAAUGUGUCCACAGGGUGGUUCAGUGGAAAAGAAGAUGGGUGUUUUUUCCAAAAGCGUGGUCCAACUGCAUGCUGUCAUGAACAGAAAGGUUUGCUCCCCAGGUGACAGCUUUUCAGUGGUUGCCACAAUCCACAACCCGUCUUCCAAAACGAUAAAGCCAAAAUGUGGCGUAUAUCAGGAAAUAGUGUACCGCGUCAAAGGCUCCCACAAAACCUGCGUUGAACGUCUGUGCAGAAUGGUCGGGGAUGCGAUCGUGCCAAACUCAGACAAGACAGUCUUCUGGCAGAUUAAUGUUCCCCCCAACGCAAUCUACACCAUGAUCAAUUGUGAUAUUGUCUCAGUCAUAUAUUACGUCAAGGUGUAUUUGGACAUCAGCUUUGCUUUCGACCCAGAGGUGGUGCUACCACUGGUUGUCAUUCCCGCCACCUUUGCCCAACUUGAGCCAGGUGAAGUUGAGAGGGGCCCAAGUGACAGCGACUUCCCUCCCUCUGCUUAUUCUGCUGAAUAUAACAAAGGGUCAUAAUAAUCACUGGCCACAGUAGACCGCUCCAUACCAACAAUACACUUCUGCUCAUUCUCCUGUACACGGAGAUGUGAAAAUAUGUACAUUGGUGACUUUAAGCAUUUCAAACGGUUUGUUACACACACAACUGAGCCUGAUUGCACUUUACUUUGAGUGUGUUGACAAUCUGCCAAUUUUAUAUUGUAUUCUCUAUAUUUUACGUGUAUUUUAUUAUUUUUGUAUUGUGUUACCCUGACAUUUUCUAAAACCUAUAUGUACUACUACUGCCUGUCUUGGCCAGUGCACUGAGAAGAUACGUUUUCAUUAGCAUCUAAUGCAUUUCCUCUGCAUAUGCAUCGGCAGUUUGUUGUACUUGAGUACAUUUCGGAAACCUGAGAGUGUCGCAACAGACCAAAACAUCUGCAAACGGCAAAAAUAAAAUUGCAUUUGUGAAUAAAGUGGCUGUAGUGACUAGUAAUGACGACAAGCGCAGAAAUAAAGUGAAGUGGACUGAUUAUUAAUCUCUCCCAUGUUGAUCCUAGUCUCGUGUGUUGAUCAGAUUUUAGGUUUGGGUGUGGACCCAGAAUCUGAGGAUUUUCAGGUUUCAAAGUGGGCCCCAGCACUCUUUCAAUUUAGGAAUGGCUGCAGUAGAGAAUACAGUUUGAGUCCAUCCAUGUCUCCUGAAUUUCAUCAAGGCCUUUCCGCAUUCUUGGCUGAGCAUCAUGACAGAGAAAAACAUCACGUGACCUUGCA